AUUUGACUUUGACUCGAAAGAUGACGUCAUGUGCUGAGUUGGAGCCGACAUAGGGGCCCACUUUUCUGAUUUUAAACACCCAAAGAAGGGCAAAAUGGUCAUUUCUAAUUUAAUUUAAUUUCUUCUUUUUUUCCUAUUUUUUCUCUUCAUUUUCUCUCUUUUCUUCUCUCUCUCUUGCGCUCUCUCUCUCUGACUCUCUCUUCCUCUCUGCAAAACCCAAAACCCGAUCUGAGCCAUGAUCUCUGCCCUCCUCCUUCUCCUCCUUUCCUCUACACCCGCCUCUCCCACUCCCAUUCCCACCACUUCAACUACCGCCACCAAACCCCCAUCUCCCAAAACGACGACGUUUCCCUCUCCAACCCCCUCAUCUCCGAGGUAAUCACCGCCGCCGUCACCACCAUCCCCGCUGAUGACACACCGGUGGCCACAACUUCCUCUCGACACCGCUCUCAUCCCACUUUGGUUUUCACAGAAGAGCUCCGGUGAAAGAGAAUCGAAGCCCGAAAGCUUCUCAGGUUCGCCGGCAAAUUUUUCGAUUCCGGCCAGUUCGUGACGUCUCACCGAUAGCCGAAGCUUCCUCUCGAUAUCGUGGACAUCCCUAUGGUGUCGGAUUGUCCCAAAAACGAAGCAUGAGUGAGAAUCGAAAGAGAUGGUGAAGGGGUUUCACGGUGAGUUUUCUUCCUUUUCCGGCUACCUUUGGUUUCAACUCGAGGGCUUGAAAAAUUUGUUCAAGGAAAGAAAAAUGACCAACCAAAAUGUGCUUAUUUCCAAUGUCAAAGGCGUGGCUGUGGCUGUUGCUGCCAUGAAGAAUCAGUCUGUGUUCUCUUCAUCGGUGGCGAAUUCCAUGAUCGAAUCAGGAGGAGGAGGCGGGUGUAAUUUCACCAUUCCCAGGAGUAUUAAGCUCUUGAAGGUUGAGACUGCAGAGGUUGGUGGUGGUGGUGGAGCUGCCCGAGUCAAUGCUUGUAUGGCAGGAUCUGAUCCUGAGUCUUUGGAUUUGCAGGUUCUGAGUGAUCCACAGAAAAGAGCAAUCUAUGAUCAGUAUGGUGAAGAAGGCCUUAAAGGCGGCAUUCCGCCUCCAGAUGCUGGGGGGCCUGGUGGUGCCACAUAUUUCCAAACUGGAGAUGGUCCAAAUGUGUUUAGAUUCAACCCCAGGAAUGCCAACGACAUUUUUGCGGAGAUCUUCGGGUUCUCUAGCCCGAUGGGUGGUGGAAUGGGAGGAGGUGGUUAUGGUAAUGGCAUGAGGGGUGGAAGAUCAUCCUUUGGUGGAAUGUUUAGGGAUGACAUGUUUAGUUCUUUUGGAGAAGGAAAAAUGUAUGGUCUGUGUAGGGGAAGAUAGGGGGCAAAGCUUCAGCAUUUGGUCGCUCUUAGUCUCAGCACACCCUCCUUUUGCAGAGAGGAAGA